AUGUCAUUCUGCAGAUUUUCCAAGCGAUCGGCCAUUGUGACCGGCGUGCUAACCACGAUCGUACUCCUGAUCGCGCUUGUUCUCCUCAUUCUCAUUGGCGUCUUCGACAUUCUUGUGGACAACAUGAUUGCCAAGAGCGUUGCCAUAACUCCAUCGUCAUCGGUUUACGAGAACUGGGUGGCCCCUGAUACCCCUAUCUUCUUCUCCAUCUACCUCUUCAACAUAACCAACCACCAUGACAUACUUCGGGGCGAGAAACCGCGUAUUCAACAGAUCGGGCCCUACGUCUACAGGGAGAAGAGAGAGAAGACAAACAUCUCCUGGCCAAACGGCGAUCAAUCUCAAGUCUCUUUUUACCAACGCCUCACGUUCCACUUUGAUCGAGAACUUUCAGUCGGAGAUCCUGACAAAGACAUGGUGCUGGGCAUCAGCACACCGUUCGUCACAAUGGCAUCAAACAUGGAGGCAGGACUUGGACCGAGCGAAGGCGAAUACACCUUACUGACGUUCUUCAUCGAGCCGAAACUCUUCGUGGAGACGACGGUUCACAGGUACCUCUGGGGCUACGUGGACGCCAUCACCGAGGCCUGCAACACGCUGACCCCGGAAAAGUGCCCUUUCGCCGAAGUCGGCCUUAUGAUGGGCAAAAACGCCACCGACAUGGGACCCUUCGUCAUUGACACCGGAGUGAACGACAUAUCUCAACUCGGGAAUAUUCUCUCCUACGAGGGUAAAAACACCGUAGAUGUCUGGUCAUCCGAGAAGGCCAAUCAAAUCAAGGGAACAGAUGGCUCUCAUUUCGCUCCCAACCUCAACGCCAACUCGACACUCUUCAUAUUCGCCAACGACCUCUGUCGCUCAUUCGAAUUGAAGGUCGAUGGAUACGGGAAGCUCACCAAUUCGGACAAGGUCAAGGUCUUCUCGCUCGGCGGCACCCCGGAGACAGCGCAGCCGGCGUCGGUGAACCCAGACAACCUCGGCUUCUGUCCGCCCAAGACGCCCGGACCAAAGUGUCCGCCGGCUGGCCUCUUCGACCUCUCGUCGUGCCGUCGACAGGGCGACUCCAGACCGCCUGUCUACAGCUCGCAGCCGUACUUCUUCGGCGCUGACCCCAAACUCCGGGAGGGGAUUGAGGGACUGCCCGAGCCCAAUGUCGAGAACUCCUCCACGAAGGUUUACGUCGAGCCCAAACUUGGAUUGGUCCUCGAAGCCUACAAACGCCUCCAAAUCUCGUUCUACGUCCGACCAGCCAAGUCGAUGUCCGACCAAUUCAAGAACUGGACAGAGCCCGUCUUCCUGCCGGUUGUGUGGUUUGAAGAGAAAGCAGUCGCCGGUCCAGACGCCCUGGCCAUGCUCUACGACAACGCGUACGCAAAGCCCGCCAAGGGCUACAACCUCCUCCUGACGGUGUUCGUCGUCGUCUUGGCGCUGUCCCUCCUCCUCUUGGUGUUCUUCGUCGUCGUCGUCUGCGCCAUUCGUCGGCAGACGUCGCGCUCCGGAGGAGAGGGCGCCAAGUCCAUCUCCGCUGCCACCGCGGACUACAACGCCAAGUACUCCCGGGUGGCUGUCGCCUCCGGAGACGAGGUUUGUACUCCGAUCUUGUUGUCUGGUUAUGCUCGUCUUCCAGUGUCCGUGCGCCUUGCGGAGGGAACUGCCGCAGGAUCAUCUGUUGUAGCUGAACUGCUGUAG